UUACAUGCGUGUUGAACCGUGUUGGGCGGAACGUGACAGGAAGACCGUACGUCGUGCUCGUCAUGUAGUCAUCGUGUGGAUCACGAUGAUACUACACGAGCUUCAUCUCCGGUUCAUCGGCACAUCAGACUCAAUCGAAACUAAGAGUGGUAUCGAAAAGAGAACUGAGCAUCACGAGGCAUUCACAAUGCACGUUGAUGAGUCCUCAUCGUGGUUUAGGUUGGGUGGGAUCCUACCUGCAUAGUCACAGCACACCAGAACCUGUGCAGGGUCAUUUGAAUGUCGAGGGCACGAGACUGAGGUCAGUUUGUCAGUUUUCUAAUUCACAGAGAGGUUUGAGAACAUGAGUGAGUCGGUUGUAGAUCUGGUGUGCAACGACAGUAGCUCGGCAUCCUCCAGCGAUGACUACGGCGGGUGCGAGCCGGCGGAUGACGGCUCACACCUCGCUCACACCCUGGUGGUGUGGCUCAUCUACGGACCCAUCGUCCUGGUGACAAUCCUGGGCAACUUCAUCGUCAUCACGGCCUUCGUGCGCGAGCCGGCCAUCCGCUGCCGGGUGGCCAACUGCUUCAUCUUCAGCCUGUCCGUGGCCGACUUCCUGGUGGGGCUCUCCAUGAUCUUCAACUUCAUCUGGCUGCUGACGGAGGACUGGGUGCUGGGCCAGGUGCCUUGCAUGUUCUGGCUGAGCGUGGACUAUUGCCUGUCCUACGCGUCCGUGCUGGCCAUCAUCUUGAUCAGUCUGGACCGCUACCGGCUGGUCACUCUGAAACUCCGGUACGCGGUUGUCCAGACGCGGCGCCGGGCGAUAACGACCAUCUGCUGCUGCUGGGCGUUCUGCUUGGUCUUCUACCCGGCGCUAGUGAUCCUCUGGGCGCCUUUGACGGGAGAGUACAUCAUUGACUACAGCGAGGACUGCGACUUAGAGUCCAGGGAAAACUUGUAUCUGAAUCUCUUCCUAAUUGUCUUGGAGUUCGUCUUACCUUUGAUCGUGCUGGUGUAUCUGAACACCAGGUUGUACCUCGUGGUCAAGAGACGUGCCAAGGGACUCGUCAUGACGGGUGAGCAUUCCGUACCCACUGUCUCGAAGGCAGUAUCGGCGUUAUCUUUCAAGACAACGCGUCGGGACUCAGCGAGCGGUGUGUUCUACAUUACGAACGGGAUUCCGGGGAGGGUUUCGCUGACAUCGCUGACAAUAUCCGUUCCCGACGACAACCAGACGAGUGCCUGUGCGAAGCCGGCCGGCACAGCUCGCUCGUCAACCGUGCCGCCCAAGGAGCCUAGAGCCUCGCGCCAGAGGCGGCUAACGGACAGCACCCGACCGUCAGUCGGUAGCUCCGCCUUCCGCCGAUACAGAGAGUUCCACAAACACCGCAAGGCGGCCGUGACUCUCAGCCUGCUGGUCGGGAUCUACAUUCUCUGCUGGCUUCCGUUUUACAUCAAAAACACCAUCGUUGCUUUCUGUGACGACUGCAUCAACUACUACAUUUUGGAAGUGACCGAUAACUUGCUGUGGUGUAACAGCACUAUAAAUCCUUUCCUGUACGCGCUGUUGAAUAUGCAAUACAGGCGGUACAUCGCUAGAGUUUUACGUCGAUUUUGCUGCUGUCUGACCAACAAGUGUUUUAAAAGAACACACUGAAACUAGCGAUUCGAAGAGUACAAUCGGAAGAAGUUCAAAGCCUUCGAGGUAGUUAAAUGCCUAUUUCAUUUGGCGUUGAAGAAAUGUGUUUCAUUAGAAAGUAUACCAACUCUACAAGUGAUUUAACAGAACACAUUGAAACUAGUGAUUCGAAUAGAAAUUUCACAAUACAAUCGGAAUGCGAAGAAGACCACAUCCGUCGUGGUACUUAAAUGCCGAUUUCAUUUGGCAUUUAAGAUUAAGUUUUGGGGUCGAAUCGAUCAGCUCAAUUUUGAAGAAAUUCGUUUCAUUAGAAAGUAAAUAUACCAACUCUAGAAUAUUUAUAUAGUCUGUUACUUAACUUGUUUAAUGUUUUGUAAGUAAAACUAGUGCAAACUCCAGUUUUUUGUAACGAAGAUGAAAUUUCAUUUUAUGGUGUCAGUGCGAGAGUUU